AUGAAAACCACUACUAUUAAACAAGAUAUUAAUGAAAUAGCUGAAGCGUUGAACAAACACAUUCAGCACAUUGAUGAACUUGUUAGAGAGUAUGAAAAUAAUUUUCAAAUGAUUAGAUAUUCUUCUAAUUAUCAACAAAAAGCCAUCAAUCCAAUGUCAAUAAUAGAGAAACCAUCUGAAAUUCUCAAAUUAUUACAACAAUUCGAGAGGAGGCAAGGUGUACUAACUGAUCAUGCACUCUUCUCUCAAUCCCAAGCUAAAACUCUUCGCUGGAUACUUUCACAGCAUGAAUUAUUCAUCUUUUCUGAGAAUGUGAAGAAUCAAUUUUUUGAAUUGUUGGAAUUGGAAGUGAAUAAUGAAUUAUCCAAUGCAAAACUUGAAAAUCUCACCAAGAUCACUGUCAAAAAGGAUGAUAUCAUUCUAAAUGCACCAUACACCCCAGAUUGGGAGAGAGGAGGGAAAAUUUCAUUUCUUGGAACUUUAGGUUAUUCAAAAAAGGGAUUUUCUUUGAUAUUCUACUAUCUUGAUUCGUUACAAAAUAGAAAAUUGAAAAUAGAGAAUAAUCCGAUCAGGGAAAUUACAAUAGAUGGAGAAUAUUAUUUGGAAAUUGAUUUAAAAAGAUGUUUGUCAUUCAAAAAUAGAUCUAUAAGAAUGAUUGGAUUUCUAGCUCUGAGAAGGUACAUUUCCCAAACUCAAAACUUUACUGAUGAAAUUGUAAAGAAACAAAUUGAAAUUGUGAAAGCUUCUCAUUCAAAUAGUUUCUUCCACCUCUAUAACAAGAUUUCUCCAGAAAAGGAAUUAGAAGAAUUGGAGAAAAGUCUCAAAAGUUUACAAGAAAAAUUCAUUGACCCCAAUGCUAAUUUACAAUUAACACCAACUCAACUCUGGGAUUGGAAUUUGGAGAUGCAAGAAUUGGCAAGUAAUUCUAUUUCUGAGAAUUUCAAAAUUUCCACAGAGGAGGGUAUUACUGGAAUUUGCAAAAUUAUUGAAAAACUAUUUGGUUACAUUGUGAAAUUUGAUGAUGAUCUACAACAUGUCACCAUUCUGAGAAAUGAAAGGAUUGCUGCAGUGGGUAUUUUAGAUCUCGUUAAAAAUUCAAAACCCUAUCGAUUGAAUACCUACUUGUAUCAUGGUUGUUCAGAGGAGCACGAUUGUUUAAAUUUUUCAAUUAUUGAAAGUUUUGAAAUUGACCAAUUGAGUAUUCAGGAUUUAUCUCAACUGUUCCAACAUGUUUGUAAAGCGGUAAGGCAUUUAAUUAUUAAGGAGGAAAACAAUGGGAUUACAUAUUUUGGUGAAAUUUAUUUGAAUAAUGAGUGGUCUCUAAUAAUUGAUCACUUUUUGGAUCUGCUUAUUAGAGAUCCAAGAAUUAUAUUUGGUAUAUUUAGACCACUUUUAUCCAAACAGGACAAUUCGAAAGAAAUUUUGUACCACUACAUGAAAUCAAGGGAACAUUAUUUAAAUACUGUUGAAAAUUUUCACAAUCAAGAAAAAGUAAUUCAAGAUAUGGUAAAUAUCAAGAUCCAAUCUUCAAAUGAGGAACCAACAUUAUCAUAUUUCGACAUGUUGAAUUCAGAAUCUAAUAAUUUACUACCAAUUUACAACAAGACUCCCCUACACAAAUUCUUUGCAGUGACCACCAGUUUAUGUGAAAACCAAGCUAGUCUGGGAAGGAGAAAUGUUAUCAAUGAGUUCAAGUACAAACAAUUUGCAAAUUUAUUGUUGCAACAAUUUAUUUCCUCUGUGGAAGAUCCACUUUCUGAUAGACAAGUGAGAAACUUUAUGUAUAGACUCUUUUCCAUACGUUCCAAUACCAAUGUUUUCGAAUUGAUGAGGAGAAUCCUUCCAAACCAUGACUUACUUUAA